AUGAGGGCGCUGGGCCGCAGGCUGCCGGCGCCCCACCAGAGGCUCCUCCCGCGCUGCCCGCCGCCGCCGAGUGCGCGGGCGGCCGCCUGCUCGGGGCCUCGCCGCUCGGCGGAGGCGCCGGCGGCGUCGGCGCCGACCGCGGCCUACGGGGCGGAGUUCCUCCGGCAGGCGAGCGACUGGGAGAAGCGCUACGAGCGGGUGGCGUCGACGGGCUCUGCGCCAGAGACGGCGGCCGGGGCGGCGCAGGCGGCGGCGACCGCGCCCCCCCGCCGCGAGGCGGAGGGGCCAUCGGCCCGAGCCGCCGCGGCUGCCCCCGCCGAGGAGGACGACGCGCGCCGGGAGGAGCUUGUUCGGGCGCAGUUGAGGAAGCUGUUCAAGGAGCUCUGGGGGCACGUGAGCUGCUCCGUGGCGUGGGCCAUGCACCGCAAGCGCACGCUCGAGCCGCAGGUCCAGCGCCCCUAUGGGAAUCUGACGGACGCAGAAGUCCGUGAAGCCAAGGCCGAGGCCGCAAGAGCGAAGCAUUCCAAAGCUGAGGUGCUUCAGAGCGCGAGGAAGCAGAAGUUCGACAGUGAUUACAAGGAGUUUCACAAGAUCUAUCUGGAUGAGCGUGCAAAGUUCAGGGCUAUGAAGAAGUCGGAGAUCCUCAGACGGAGGAGGGCGAAGCCGAUGCAUCGUUUCGACAACGUUGGCUACUCGGAGGAAGACCCCGAGUACGAGGCCGAGGAGGGCUCCGUGUUCGACGAUGCCUGGCGGCAGAAGUCCAUCGUCGAGGACUGCUGGAAGGCGGAGUUCAACCAGAUGCUGCACGGCAUGGCUCGCGAGAUGACGCCCAGAGGCGAGAUCGUGGCGGCCCGCACCAACCGCCUAGACGUCGCGUCGGGCACGUGCACCGACCGCCUCCUCGACGUGGCGGCGGGCGCGUACCGCGCCCACGUCACGGAGCAGAACCGCCCAGUGCUCACGCACGAGCUCGCCGACUUCGCGAACCCGUUCAUGAUGAAGCAGAGCGCCCUGGAGCGGCUGCUCAGCGAGCGCUGCCUGCGCAACCAGCUCGACGAGAGGUGCAUGCCGCGGCUGCUGGAGCGCCAUCCUGACCUCGUCAAGCUGCGCGCCAGGGCGCCGCUGCCGCCCGAGGUGCUCGAGCCCCUCGCCGCCUUCCGCGGGGACGUGCGCUGGUCGUUCGACGCCCGCGAGCGGCUCUCGCAGAAGCUCGAGGGCGCGGGCCGCGCGCUGGACGCGGUGCUGGACGGCGCGGCAGCGGAGGGCGAGGGCUCGGGCGCCGGCGGCUUGCUGUCAGCCCUCCCGGAGAAUGAGGCCUGCCGGCCGGACCAGGUCGACGGCGUUCACCACCCGUGGAAGAACCACGUCGGCUUUGAGUCCGCGGUGCCGCGCGGCAUGGCGGGUGGCACCAAGUUCGGGCAGCCGACGCCGACGCUACAGGCGCAGAUACAGAGGCUGCGCUACCCAACGCUGCAGCGCGUGGCCCACACGCUGCCCGCAGACACCAAGUGGCGCGCGCACGUCGUGCGGACCAUCCAGGUGCUGGAGAGAUCCAAGGGGUGGGACUACUCGAGCAAGCUGACUGCCGUCAACAAGAUGAAAGAGGUGUACGACCAGUUCAAGCCCAGCGAUGAGAUAAAUUCAGCCUUUGAUAAGAAGCUUGUCCUGAACAGAGUCCCGAGCCACCUGAAGAGAAAAUUUGCUCGUGACAAGCAGUACGUGAAGACGUUCUCUAAGAAUUUCCUCAAACUCAAGUCUUGGCUCCGGUACCGACCGAGCCUCACUGCCAGGGAGCCGCUGAAGAUCUCAGAGGCAAAGCUGAAAUCUACGCAGUUGCGGAAGUGA